CAUGAGAUCAGACUCCCAGUACCUGACAGAGAGCAGAAAUGAAGUGUUGGACGGAGGACUAACUGGAGCCAGCUUUGCUUUUUAAUGGGGAUGAUGGGGAAGCUGGUGGGGAUGAAUAACCCUGCAGCGUUUUUCUGCAAAACACCACAACUUUCAAUCUUUUUUUCUUGCUUUUCCUCAUCUUUUUCCCACUCUGCGUGUGUUUGAAGCGCAACAGCAUGCAGGUCUCCCCGAGUGAGGACAAGAUCCCGGAUGUAGGACCUCCUUCAAGCCCCCAAGCCAGCGGCGAAGGCCUAUACUUCAGCGACGGGCAGCGGAAAGUGGACUAUGUUCUGGUUUUUCAUCACCGGCGACAUGGCUCCCUACGAUCUCCCACCACCGCCUCGGUGUCACAGGACGAGCUAUCCAUAGUAUCGAACGGCAAUUUCCCUCCGCCGUCGAGUUCUGAGGCCUUGGCUGGAGGAGGAGGUGGCCUUCGGAGGGAGGACGCAAGCGUCGGGGAGGUGUUCAUGGAGCUGGGAAUGGCGAGAGGGAGCGGGGCGAUGGAGGCCGCUGAUCAUGAGAUGCAACUGAUCAGACAAGAGUUUGAAGCCAAUCUGCUGGAGGCGGGUCUGGAAGUAGAACGAGACAGAGAGCAGACAAAGACCCACGGGCCCAGCUUUACUCGGAUCCACGCACCUUGGCCUGUUUUGUGUAGAGAGGCUGAGUUUCUGAAGAUUAAAGUCCCGACCAAGCAGAGCUAUGAACUCAAAGAGGAAAGUGGGUUUGGGUCCAGCAUGAGCUCAGUGUGGAGGAAAGUAAAGCAGCCCUUUCAGCCCAAAGUACCUCAGCAGGACCAGGGAAGCACCAAGUUUCUGUCACACUGCUUCUCCAGAGACAAACUUCACAUGUACAACAUCACGUCAAAAGACACUUUCUUUGAUAACGCUACCAGAGGAAGAAUAGUCUAUGAGAUCCUGAGACGAACGGUGUGUGUACGGACCUGCCAAACCAUAGGCAUCAGCACAUUGAUAGCCAAAGGCGUAUAUGACUCUGCCUUCCCUCUUCAUGAUGGUGACUAUAAGGUCACUGGAAACCUGGAGGAGCGCAACGACAGACAGGUUCUUUUCGAAGAGUGGGCAAGAUACUCAGCCUUCUACAAGUAUCAGCCCAUUGAUCUGGUCAGGAAAUACUUUGGGGAGAAGAUCGGCCUGUAUUUUGCAUGGCUCGGUGUUUACACUCAGCUGCUCAUACCGGCCUCCAUAGUGGGAAUCAUUGUGUUUGGAUACGGGGUGGCGACCGUGGACACCAAUAUACCCAGUUUGGAGAUGUGUGAUGAGCGUCUCAAUUUCACCAUGUGUCCUCUGUGCGACGGCGCCUGUGACUACUGGCACCUCAGCACCGCCUGCGGCACCGCCCGGGCUUCGCACCUCUUUGAUAACCCCGCCACCGUCUUCUUCGCCAUCUUUAUGUCUCUGUGGGCGGUGUUAUUCCUGGAGCACUGGAAGCGUCGACAGAUCAGCCUGAGUUUCAGCUGGGAUCUGACGGGGAUUGAGGAGGACGAGGAGCACCCCAGGCCAAGGUAUGAGACCAUCCUCCUGCAGAAACAGCAGCGGAAGCAGAAAAAGAAGAAGAAGAAGAAGAAAAAGAAUGAGCCAGAAAAGCAGGAGGACGGGACAGUGACAGGGAAGGACAGAUGGAGACAAAAACUGCUGUCUGCCAUGGCUGCAGGAGUACCGACGGUCAUUGAGAAGUUGACCUGGAAAGACCGCCUUCCUGGAUACUUUAUGAAUAUUUCCUCUAUUCUUUUCAUGUUUGGACUGACGUUUUCAGCCGUUUUUGGUGUAAUCGUCUACCGGAUCACGGUCUCAGCCUUGAUGGCAAUGAGUCCGGACCCUGAAACAAAGUCCAACGUUCGGGUUACGGUUACGGCUACCGCCGUCAUCAUCAACCUCGUGGUCAUCCUGAUCCUGGAUGAAAUCUAUGGCGCUGUGGCACUGUGGCUAACUGAGCUAGAGAUUCCAAAAACAGAAACCACCUUUGAAGAGCGCCUCAUCCUGAAGGCCUUCUUACUGAAGUUCAUGAACGCAUACGCUCCCAUAUUCUACGUGGCUUUCUUCAAAGGGCGGUUUGCUGGUCGACCUGGAAGUUAUGUGUACGUCUUCAACGAUUAUCGGAUGGAGGAGUGUGCUCCAGGAGGCUGCCUCAUUGAGCUGUGCAUCCAGCUCAGCAUCAUCAUGCUGGGGAAGCAGCUGAUCCAGAACAACAUCUUUGAGAUCGGCAUCCCGAAGCUGAAGAAGUUGAUACGCGCGCUGAAGGAGAAAGAGCCGACGCAGAAGCAGAAGGACGAGGAGAAAACUCCCCUGCAGUGGAACCUGGACUACGCUUUGGCUCCUUUUGAAGGCCUCACACCAGAGUACAUGGAGAUGAUAAUCCAGUUCGGUUUCGUCUCUCUCUUCGUGGCGUCUUUCCCACUGGCUCCUCUCUUCGCCCUGUUGAACAACGUCAUAGAGAUCCGGCUGGACGCCAAGAAGUUUGUCACAGAGCUGCGCAGGCCAGUGGCCGCGCGUGCUAAAGACAUCGGCAUAUGGUACAACAUAUUGAGUGGAAUGGGCAAACUGUCCGUCAUAAUAAAUGCCUUUGUGAUCUCCUUCACAUCCGACUUCAUUCCUCGGCUCGUCUACCAGUACAUGUACAGCCCGUCAGGCACCAUGCACGGAUUCAUCGACCACACGCUCUCCUUUUUCAACGUUUCCAAUUUUAGACCCGGCACAGCGCCACAUAGCUCUGAUCAUGGAGAUGUUACUGUCUGCCGUUACAAGGAUUACAGAGAACCUCCCUGGUCCUCAGAUGCCUACCAGUUCUCCAAGCAGUACUGGUGUGUCCUAUCUGCGAGACUGGCCUUCGUCAUUUUGUUUCAGAACUUGGUGAUGUUUCUGAGCCUCAUCGUCGCCUGGGUGAUCCCGGACGUUCCCAAAACCAUCGUGGAGCAGCUCAAGCGGGAGAAGAAGCUCCUGGUCAACCUGUUUCUGCAAGAGGAGAAGGAGAAAUUCCAGCUCAUCCAGAGCCUCUUCGUCAAGGACGCCACCCUCCACCCCAAAAGCCAAUCCCCCAGCGCAGGGCAGGCCUUCCCCAUUCUGGGCAGAUACAGUACUCUACCGUCGGGCCCCACGGCUCCGGACGGUCCCAGGGCGAGAUGCAGGGCUGCCAGCUUCAGCCAGUUCAGCGAGAAGAUUUCCUCGUUGCCCAGGAAAGAGAACGCAAACUCAAAACACACAGCGGUGUGACAUGGGCCGCGCCAAGUGGUGGGAUUCAGCUCAAACAGGGGCUUAACUGAAGGGACUCUGCCAUUUUCCUGCGUGUUUCCUGUAUUGUUUGUGCCCUGGUGUGUGUGACGCAGCAGUGCAUGGGUUAAACCGUCCUCGCUGGCCUCGGCGUGCCGAUCACGAACGAACGGCUGCGUGAGAGCUCCGUUCCGACUCACACGACUGUUCACCCGACAAAGUGUUGUCAUUUCUCUUUUGUAUAAACUAUUUAGUGAGGCGUAUGAGCUUCAUAGCGUAGAAAAGCAAUAAUUACAAUAAUAGGUUGAAUAAGUGAUCGAUCAGGUUCUAUAGGAAACACUAAACCAUCAUGAACACUGACAGACAUCAUGGCUUAAAAUUAGGGCUGUCUGAUCUGUAAUUUUUCCUACUUUAUGUAUUAAUGUUUACAGAUUUUGUAGCUCUCACAACAUUCCACAUUUUGGACAGUUUUUCUCCUCUUUCAGAGAUAACUUUGAACAGUUUACGUGAACUCAUUGUGAUGAUAAAGCUGCUGGUCGUGUGCUGAUGGGAAACAUGCCAACGCCGUUCACCUCUUUCCAAGGUGUAGUAAAACAUUUCCAUGAUCUGUGAAGCUAAAAAAUAAUCUUAUGAGCCAUAGAGAACGACGUUUACUUAUGCAGCUGUGAAUGGGACGGAGCUGAGCUACAUUCACUGUGUUUAUGGUAAUUAAAGACAAACCACAUCAAUCCUUAAUUAGGAAAUAACGGAUCUCUCUACUUAAUACCUUUAUGUGGAGUCGUCAGCUUUUUAAAAGGUACUUUACGAAUAUUUAGAACGAUUAACAGUCCUAAAGUAUUUUGUUUCACUUACAAAUGUAAAGGUUUUUAAGGAUUUUAUGUGAUAGACCAACACAAAGUAGUGCAUAAUUGUGGUUGGUACUAUUGGUUUCUCUAAAUGAGAAGCAAAUGUUUGAUAUUUCUGCAAGGACAAGAUGGCAUAGAUAGAGUUCCCUGCUUUUGUAUUCAGUCCGUCUGAAAUGUUUAAAGGUGUUUAAAGUUACGUUAUAUAUCUGCACAAAAACAACCUAAAAUGGUCUGAUCCUCAUUAAAUAAUGUUAAGCAGAGUUAGGCAAGUUAUUUUAGAAAUGUGAUGUAUUUCAUAUCACAGGCUACCUUUAUAAAAUGUUUCUUUAGAAAAUAUCAAAUUCUGUGAAAUUAGUUACUGAUUACUUUUGUAGUUACUUUCACAAAAAUAACAUUUAGGAUAAAAAAAUCAGAAAAUGAAGGUGUGCAAAAUCACAAAAAUAUUAAACGACAAAAAUCUUCAUGACAAGCUCUCUUUCUAUGCCUUACGGGCUUAAAGUGUCAUUUCCAUGACAUGAAACAUGACUGUAGGUUAUAGUGUUAUAAAGUUAUUAAUAUUAAGAUGAGCUUCUCUUAAAAUGUCUCUGUUCGUGGCGAUUUUCUCCCCUUCUUGGUCGUUAUGUUGUUUUUUCUCUAAUGUUCUCUGACAAACAGUCAUCCAAACGAUAAAUCUGUGUAUAUCAGAGUUGGAUUUAAGUUCCUAUUUUCUUUCCCUUCAUUAAAAUAUAUCCUUUCUUCAUGUCCUUGCUGAUGCACUGUUCUGCUACAGUCCCUCACAUCACAGACAGUUUUAUACUUUAACAUUUAUAAAACUAUACAUCAUUUUUUGUUGAGUGUUCAAUUAUUAUGGAGUUAAUUUCGUUACGUUAUUGUUGGAAGCAAAAAAAAAAAGAAAA